GCAAAUAAUUGUSUGUUUCGAGGUGAAAAUAUUAGUCUUUGAAGCUAAAAGGCUACUCCAAAAUUGAUUAUGAGUAAAGUAAUAAUAGUAAGGCUACUGGGUGACCUUUCUUGAAAGUAUUUAAAUAUAAAAUGGCUACUAAUGGACUGUGGCAGAGGACACAGAUUGGAUUUCUUCCUCGUAAUACGUCAGCACAACAAGACAUGAGCAAAUUGCCACCUUCACAACUGUCUAGUCAACUACAGUUCAACAUGGGUAUCCCAGCUUUGSCUGAGAACAUGGCUACACACUUUACAAAACCAAAACCUAUCKUAAUCGAAAAACUUGAGGGACCAAAACCUGACRUUAAAAACAAAACAUUUAUUUCAAGAAUCCCUGAGAACUUUCCACUUGCAAAUACAUCCUCGUUAUCUAGUGAUCGYCUUGCCUUUGCUGUGAAUUUAGCUAAAAGGGACAUCAAAAGAGCAAAACUAAUGCCUGCUGAAGAAGAACAAGUUAUUGAAUCUCCAACUAAAGUUAAAGUAAAAAGAUCCAAGAAGGAAGAUGUUCAACCUAAGGAAACAAUGAGGCAUCGAGUACACAAGUCUUUGAGACACUAUGAUAAGGAAAUGAAGAAGGCCCACGGUGUUUACUUUUAUCCUUCGUUUCCACAUAGCUUGAAUGAUGAUAGUGAAAGUCACCAUGCAAGGGAGAUAAGAAAACUUAGGAAAGAAUURAAUUUGCAUCUAAAACAACUUCAUGAUUUACAACAAAAUAGRCCAAUUGUCUUACAAAACAAAGAUAAAMGAUUAAAAAKCAGGAAAGAGAAUGUAAGACUGUCUGAUGAUGAGAUUGAUGAUAGACAAAUUGCAAGAACCGAAGAACAAACUAUCAGGUCAUCAAGAAUAUUGUACACACUUCAGCGUCAGAUACGUGAUCUUCAAGAUGAGUUGGACAAGAAAGGMAAAAAUAUCAAACACACUAAAAAGAGUCAAAGCCUUCAUCGACUAGCCUCAGCUCAUAGAGCAGCUCUUAGAGCUCUGCAGACAUUCAUCAGCCAAACCCCUCUUCAUUCCAAAGCAAGUAAUGGAGGCCCUGAUAUGUAUCAAGACUUAGCAAAACUUGUACAACAACUAUCUCUACUCACAGCACAGCUUCAGGUUGACACAGAGGAAGAGCUCAUUGAUGAUUUGGCUGAAAGACAUGGACAGCAUUAUCAGUAUCAGAGAGAUGAAGGUAGUUCAACCAAACAUGGUGCUUUUUUUAAGGAUGUUCAUGAAACUUCCUUUAAACAACCRAUCAAGCCGUCACCACCAACCAGAGACAGAGAAAACAAGACAAUGAAAAAAGUUAUCCCUUCCCACUCUUCCCCUGAAAGAGAUGCUGUCCUUAGAGCUGGUUUAGAAGCUCUAGUAAGGGCGAGAGAAGAGGCCUUGAAUGCUGAAAAGUCCAAGAUGAAAUCUCAUGUUGCACCUUCAAGGUCAUCAAAAAAAUCAGUUCUUUUGCCAGCUCCACUCAAGGUCAAACGACAGCGUAUACAUCAAGCUGSUGCUGUUCAAAGACUAAAGCCAGCAGAUAUCAAACAGGCAGGCUUUGCAAAGGCUACUGUAUCAUCAACAUUACGUAAAAUYGAAACUGCUGAUGAACAACCACCAAAGUCUCCUCCAAGAACACCCACUAAAUGCCCUCAACGAGGGAMACCAAUUAAGAAYCAUGGCAGUCCAGAAAGACUUUGUGAACAGACUCCUCAGUUAACACCUAAAUCACAAAGUCGACAACCCGAAGAAGAGUUGAAGAGUCCACGAAACACAAAAUACCAAAGACAAAUGAUACCUGAGGAGAGGAAGAUGGUAGAGAGAGAAAUAGAAAGACAACUUUGGUUGGAUAAGGAAGCUGAUCUUCGUAUGCAAGAACUGGAACUGGAAGACGAAAUGAGACGUAAAAGACAUCACCCAGGUCACUCAAGCGAUGGUGUUCGUCUUGCCCGUCAAAUGAUUCAAGAGACAGAAGAAGCAAUMAUGAAUAGACUAAAACCGUUACUUGACCGAGCUGAGGCUAUUGUGACAGGAAAUACAAAGCAGGAGGAAAUGAAGAAACGAUCUUUAAAACACCAAUUAACAGACCUAACAGCAAGAACAACAAUGGAGCAAGCUCAUUUAUUGGCUGAUGAAAUAUUAGAAGAUAUUCUAGAUGAAACUGUAUUGGAGCUUCAAAGACUAGAGGUUGAGGAAGAAGCAGAAAUGGCCGUGUCAGGCCUUCAGAAUCAGUCAACCAUCGAAAAUAUAAUGCAAAAACUUCAAAGCUUUGAGGAGGGAGAAAGUGACAUUCGUCGUUACUGGACUAGAGUCAGUUAUGAUGAUAUUACUUCACACGAAGAAACAACGCACAAACGAACAGCAAUGGAAUAUCAACCACAUCACCCUGAACCCAUUCGAUUUUCRAAACACAAACCUCAAACGACAGGCAACUAUUUGGAUAAKAAAGUCAGGCAUCUAAAACAUAGGAAAAGGUUUGACGAUCCUGAAUCUCCAACGGAUACUGGUAGCACUGCGUCUCUUUUAGAAGAAAUAUCUACCAAUAGAAGUUCAGCUGCAACGAGUCAAAUCUUUGAACGUCAUCGACCACCAACGACUGAAUCUACCAUCAAUCUAUUUGUUCCGAGUGAAUUACGAACGAGUAUUGCAGCAUACCGAAGCAGGUUCGAGCGGUUUUUACGAGAUACGGCUACACAUAUAGAGGGGUCGUUCGACCCAUGGAAACUCGCUGACCAAAUAAGUGAGGUGCUGCUAGACGAUAUGAUCCAAGACGUUGCCGUUGAGCUUGGUGGUGUGUGUGACGAGUAUACCGAGAAUAUAUUUACCAAAGAAUUUGUCCCGGCCACAGAUAGCAGCCUCGUCUCAUAAGACGACUAAUGUGAUCCAAAAAUAAUG